AUGCUGAAGUUAGGUGUUGGACCCGAUGUUGUAACUUUAUCCACUUUGAUUAAUGGAUUUUGUAAUCAAAGUAAGAUCUGUAAGCCUGUGAGUUUGUUUGAUAAAAUGAUUGGACAUGGGUAUCGACCUAAUUCAAUUGUUUACAGUACAAUACUAAAUGGGCUGUGCAAGAUGGAAGAAAGGGGUUUUGAACCCGAUAUUAUAGCAUAUAAUAGUGUCAUUGACUGUCUUUGUAAAAACGGGUUACUAAAUGAGGCUCUCAAUCUCUUCUCCGAAGUGAAGGUGAAGGGCAUUAGACCAGAUAUCUUUACUUACACUUGCUUAAUUCACGCUAUGAGUAAUUCAGUCCAGCAGAAGGAGACAACAAGGCUUUUGAAUGAGAUGAUGGAUAACAAUAUUUCACUUAAUAUCGUCACGUAUAAUACAUUGAGUGAUGCACAUUGCAAGGAGGGUAUGAUUUCGGAAGCUGUAGAAAUUGUUGACACAAGGAGAAAGCAUGGCAUUGAGCCUGAUGUUGUUACCUAUAGUGGCAUUGAGCCUGAUGUUGUUACCUAUAGUGCGUUAAUAGACGGGCAUUGCUUGCAAAACCAAAUGGGUAAAGCUGUAGAAAUUGCUUUCAAAGAAGGGAUGCUUUCUCAAGCUAAAUAUAUUGUUGACACAAUGAUAAUGCAAGACAUUGAGCCUGAUAUUGUUACCUAUGGUGCGUUAAUAGAUGGGCAUUGCUUGCAAAACCAAAUGGGUAAAGCUAAAAGAGUUUCAGUUGAAAAAGGUUGUGCACUUGAUAGACGUAGUCACAACAUCAUUAUCAACGGAUAUUGCAAAGCUAAGAGGUUGGAUAAAGCAAUGGAACUCUUUGAUGAAAUAACUCAAAACGGGCCAAUUCGUGAUAUAGUGACAUACAACACUCUUAUGCAAAGUAUGUGUCAAUUAGGGAGAGUUUCUACUGCAUUCGAACUUCUGGUCAAGAUGUGUGCUUCUGGACAAGUUUCAAAUCUAGUGACAUGUUGGAUUUUGUUGGAUGGUUUAUGCAAAAGUGGUAAGCUUGAAGAGGCAUUGAAACUUUUUCGAGCAAUGCGAGAGGGAUUCCUUGAUGAAGUAUACCAGUUGUUUAGGAGCAUGAGAGACAAUGAUUGUUUACCUGAUAGCUUCUGUUAUAAUAUAAUGAUCCAGGGAUUUCUUCAAAACAGCAAUACCUCGAAGGCAACCCAACUUCUUACAAAAAUGAUAGUGUAA